CACGGUCGAAAACCCAACUAAAGAAAUAGCUUUGCAGAUGUUAUGUCGAUCUGCUUUCAAACAAGAUUCUCCACCUGAAGGUUUCAUGGAGGUUGCGUCUGAAGUUGCAAUGCGUGUGGGUGGUCUUCCUUUGGGGCUUAACAUUAUAGGUUCGGCCUUGCGGGAAAGGGACAAAACGCAUUGGGUAAAUAUGGUACCAGCUCUUCGCAAAGGUCUAGACGGAAGAAUUGAGGAAGCACUAAGCUUUAGCUACAAUGCAUUAGAAAGAAAAGAAUAUAAAGCAUUGUUUCGUCACCUCGCGUGUCUUUUUAACGGAGAUGAAGUCAGUUACAUCAAGUUGAUGCUUGCAGAUAGCGAGUUGAAUGUUGACUUGGGUCUUGAAGUUCUAGUUGAUAAGUCGCUAAUACGCGUGGUACCAUCUUGGAACAAUACGAACAUCGUGGAGAUGCACUGUUUAGUACAAGAAAUGGGUAAAGAAAUUGUUCGUGGACAGUCUGACAAGCCUGGAGAACGAGAAUUCCUAAUGGAUUCAAAGGAUGUUUGCAAUGUUCUUAAAGAUCGCACCGGUACUGAAAAGCUUAUAGGUAUAUCAAUGGACUUAGAUGAGAUUGAUAAGGUGAAGAUACAUGAGAAGGCCUUUAAAAGGAUGAGUAAUCUCCGGUUCCUAAAAUUCUAUAAAAGGUCAUUGCAACCGAAGAAAGAAGUUAGAUGGCAAUCACCCAAAAAACUCAAUGAUUUUCCUGAUGAACUCAAAUUACUGAGCUGGCCAGGAUAUCCUAUGGACUGCAUGCCUUCUAAUUUCUGUCCUGAAUAUCUGGUUGAACUCAGUAUGCCUAACAGCAAGCUUAAAAAGCUAUGGAAAGAAGUUGAGGAGCUUACAUACCUUAAGGAUAUGGAUUUUUCAGGAUCUAAAAGCCUGAAAAAAAUUCCAGAUUUUUCAAACGCAACCAAUCUUGAGACAUUGAAUCUUCAUGGUUGUUCAAGCUUGGUGGAGCUUCCCUCUUCUAUUCAAAAUCUCAAUAAACUGACGGAUUUGAACAUGGCUGGAUGCACAAAUCUUGAGACACUUCCAAAUGGAGUCAACAUGAAAUCUCUCGCUCGCCUCGUUCUCACUGGUUGCUCACAGUUGAAGGUUUUCCCUGAUAUUUCAAGUAAAAUCGAAACCAUCAUUGCAAACAAGACAGCUUUUGAAAUAUUCCCUUCUAAAUUGCGUCUUGAGUAUCUGGUUGAACUUCGCAUGGAGCACAGCAUGAGUAAGAGGUUGUGGGAGGGAGUUCAGCCUCUUACAAGCCUCAGAAAGAUAUCGUUGUCUGGAUCUCAAAACUUGAAAGAAAUCCCUGAUCUUUCAAUGGCAACAAGUCUAGAGACACUUGAUCUCAAUGGUUGCUCGAAUUUGGUGGAGCUAACUCUUUCAUCAAUUCAGAAUCUUAAUAAACUGACAACCUUGGAAAUGAUUGGAUGCUCAAGUCUAGAGACUCUUCCAACAGGCAUCAACCUGAAAUCUCUCUACCGCCUCAACCUCAGUGGAUGCUCGCGGUUGAAGAGUUUCCCUGAUAUCUCAGAUAACAUCUCUACUCUCAGUCUAAACCAAACAGCCAUAGAAGAGGUUCCUCGAUGGAUAGAAAAUUUCUCCAAACUUGAAACCUUGGAAAUGUGGGAAUGCAAAAAUCUAGAGACUCUUCCAACUGGCAUCAACUUAAAAUCACUAUAUCGUCUCAAUCUCAGUAGAUGCCUACGGCUGAAGAGUUUUCCAGAUAUCUCAAGCAAUAUCUCCGCUCUUUCUCUUAACCAAACAGCCAUUGAAGAAGUUCCUCCAUGGAUCAAUAACUUCUCUAGCCUUGAAGCCCUGGAAAUGUGGGAAUGCAAACAGCUAAAAUGCAUCUCACCAAGCAUUUUCAAACUACAAAAUCUUGACGAGAUUUUCUUCUCAGACUGCGAGCAAUUGGCUGAAGUUCGCUUGCUAGACUCUCCACUGGAGGAAGCAGAAGACACCAGUAAUGCUUGCACUAAGUUGUCAUUGAUAAGUUUCAUCAACUGCAUCAAUUUGAAUCAAGAAAACUUCAUUCAACGAUCAGCUUCCAAGCAGCUGAUCUUACCAGGCAUUGAAGUGCCUCCUUGUUUUACUCACCGAUCUUCUGGGAGAAUCUUUAACAUCCCUUUACAUCAUUCUUCUCUCUCUCAACAACCAGUCUUGGACUUCAAGGCUUGUGUCGUGGUUUCUGAUGUCAGUGAUGUUUCUGAAGGAACAGAAACCACCAACCAUCAUCUAUGCUUUAUAGACAUUGAGGUACAUUGCCGGUUUAAAGAUAGCCACGGGAACUACUCUGGGUCAACAGAGUCAAUAGAUUUCUCCUUACCUCAGAAAUAUGAUCAUCUGAUUAUAUUUGACUGUCCUUUCCGUCAAAACCAAGACAAUGGUGAAUCUAAUUGCGAACAAGUUGAGAUAGAGUUUAGUCUCGUUAGUACAGGACUCAGACUAAUAGGAUGCGGUUUAAAAUGCUAGUGACUGCAUGUACCAUCUUCUUAAUCUGAAAUAUUACUAUUUUGGGUGGUCAUGUCCG